UUCGAAAUAUGCAUUCUGUAUUUAAAUAACACGUUUGAUAUUAUUUAUGGCGAUAUUUGCGUCGGGUAUGAAACAAAAUUAAAAGGUCUUGGGUCGCGUCGGGUUUUAUUUUUAUACCCGAGUUGACCUUUAGUUAUUACUGUAUUGUACAGUUUGUGAUGAACCGGGCGGGACAAUAGGAGCCUGGGGUGGAGCCUGGUGGCGCCACCGCGUUCACCACACAGUCUUCUGCAGCAGAUUGGUGCAACAGAAAGCAAGCGCAAAUACUCCUUCCUCCUCGUAGUCCGUAUAAACUAAACUGGGGCUCUUGUUUGUUGCAGGGAAAUCGCGUGGUUCGAGGCCGAUCGGGUGUCGUUACAAGAGUUCAUUCAACAAUUUGAAAUAAAAAGCUGUCGAGAUGGUGCUGAACCCGGUGAUAACCAAACUAGCUGGAAGGCUGGUAGUCCUGGCAAGUGCUUCUCCAAGGAGACAGGAGAUUCUUACCAAUGUGGGACUACGCUUUGAAGUGAUUCCUUCCUGGUUUAAGGAGACCCUGGACAAGUCCUCUUUUGCAGCUCCGCAUUUAUAUGCAGUAGAGACUGCCAAGCAGAAGGCUCUGGAGGUGGCAAGAAGAAUGCAGUUCAAACAUCUCAAAACACCAGACAUUGUGAUAGGAGCAGAUACUAUAGUGACUAUAGAAGGAGACAUUCUUGAAAAACCAGCUGAUAAACAAGAUGCUUACAGGAUGCUCUCCAGGCUGAGUGGAAAAGAGCACAGCGUGUUUACAGGGGUUGCAAUAGUUCACUGCAACAGCGAGACUGACAGUCAAAUGGAGUAUGAGGUUUUUGAUUUUUAUGAAGAAACAAAAGUAAAGUUUGCGGACCUAUCAGAGGACCUACUGUGGGAAUAUAUUCACAGCGGUGAACCAAUGGAUAAAGCCGGUGGGUAUGGUAUUCAGGCUUUAGGAGGAAUGCUGGUUGAAUGUGUCCAUGGAGACUUUCUUAAUGUUGUGGGAUUCCCCCUGAAUCAUUUCUGCAAGAAACUGGCAGAGAUCUACAACCCCCCACCCAAAAGUGAGAUCCGGCACACAAAGUAUGAGUCUAUACCAAACAUGGAAACGUUCGAUAACCCUGGUGACCUGGAGAGUGGACUGGAGAGGCACACGGAGAAUGGAAAGACAAUCAGGAUAGGCAACCAACCGGGUGACCAAGACAACAGGAGUAUUUCACACCACUGUGCUGCAGUGUCAGUGGAGGCUCCGGGUUCAACGGCUAAAGGGCCUGUGGGAUUUCCUCCCAACAUUGCAGAUCUUUUGGAUGGCUUUAAAGCUUCAAAGACUUUAUUUGUGGCAUCCAAACUGAAGGUGUUUGACCUGUUAAACUGUCAUGGUAGCUUGAAUGUUGGGGAAGUUGCAGACAAACUACAGACCUCUGUUGUGGGAACAGAGCGACUCCUUGAUGCCUGUGUGGCACUUUGUUUGUUGGAGAAAACCUAUCAAGUAGACUCUGUGGUGUAUACAAAUACAGAGCAAGCAGAUAUGUAUCUGGUGUCAUCCAGUGAAUAUUCCCUCCACGGGUAUAUUAUUCACUGUAAUGAUCACGUCUGGCCACUGUUCACACACCUGGAGCAUGCUGUUCAAGAAGGAACUAACCAGAACGAGAGAGCCUUCGGGAGCAAAACAGAGGAUCUCUUUCAGGAUGCUUACUGCAACAAAAAAGACGUGAGGCUGCGCUUUAUGAACGCCAUGCACAGCAUUGCCCGAGCGACGGGAAGAGAUGUUGCAGCAGUCUUUGACCUCUCUCGGUUUAAAACCGCAUGCGAUUUGGGAGGGUGCACAGGAGCAAUGGCGUAUGAGCUUGUGAAAAUGUACCCAGAUUUAACUAUCACAGUCUAUGAUCUGCCAGCUGUUAUAGAAAUGAGCAGCCAUUUUCGACCUCACAAACAAGAUACCCAUCGAGUGACGUUCACAGCAGGUGACUUUUUCAAAGAUGAUCUUCCUAAAGCAGACCUGUAUAUCCUUUCCAGAAUUCUUCAUGAUUGGUCUGAAGACAAGAUUGAUGUUUUGUUAAGCAAAAUCUCUCGGAUCUGUACACCAGUUUUGAAGUAUAAAGCAUGGAGUGACCUUUUUUAUGAGUUUCAUGAAAAUGUAUCACACACCGGUUGCUAGGGACACUAUAGCCCUACGCUGCAACAAGAGUAAGGCCUCCAGAACAAUGUGCAGGAUUAGAGCAAGAACAGCAGGUUCUGGAAAAAUUGUACAGAUGUUGAUGUUUCCCGACUACAAAUUUAAAACGAAAGUGGUUUGUUUGAAUAAAUUUAUUGGACAUAAUUGAUCAUUCAAAACAAGAAGCAAUGAGUUUCAACAAACUUCUGACAUAGAAGCGUAAACAGCGACCUUGGCUGUGGACUGUAUCUCCUGCCUGUCAUGAACAUAACAAUUAUGUGCAUUUCAAAAUGGUGACUAAGAACAAUACAACAAGCAGAAAACACACUGAGCUCCUGCAUGUGUAACAGUGUUCUGUGGUACGCUGCUGUUCUGGAUUGUUCCCUGCCGGUAAGCUGACAAGAGGUUAAAAGCUCUAAAAACCACUGUGGUUCUGAUGCUUGCUUGUGAUGUGUGGGGUCGCCGGUUCACGCCUAGCCUUCAAACUGUUACACAUACAGCAGCCAGUUUUUGGGCAGUGAACACUGCUCCAUCAUCCACGUGUCGUGGAGGGCUUGAUGCGUGCUUGCAGGACCAUGGGGGACGUUUGACACAUGAAU